UGCAGCUCCAGUGCUGGCACUUGGCUCCCAGAGGCCACCAGCAACAGGUGACUGCUCCCUGAGCUCUUGCAGCAAAAUGCUGCUCAGCUCUGGCCUGCUCGGGAGGAUGCUCUUCUUCAUAGGUUUAGCAGGGCUUCUUCAAGAUUUUACAGAAACUGGAGCUUUUGCCAGUCUCAGUGAUUGUAAAGGUGUAACCAUAGCUGACAUAACCGACGUGCUUGAGAAAUACUCAAAAUGCAUCCAUGAAAUGAGCACCAAGGUGGAAAGAACGUCAGUCAACAUGCUAGCCUGGACACUGCAAGAAAUGCUUGAUCACCUGCGACCUGUUCAAGCAAAAUUAUGCAAGCAGCUACCACCGUGCCCGCUCCCGCUAGCCCCCAGCAACGGCGGGCUGGUGUGUGUCACCGCUGAGGGCGUUCAGUACUGCAAACCCAUGUGCAACAAGGGCUACGACUUCCAGUUCCUCCGGCGGACGAGGCUGUACGAAGUGUGCGGAAACGCCACCGGCUUUGCCUGGACAACGCAGCUCAUCGGGGGAAACGCGCUGGCUACUUGUCACCUCUCAGAGGUUGCUGUCAGUGGAGCUAAAUCUGCCUAUUUCCCUGCAAACAGCACCUGCCAGCACACGAUAGCCUUUGCUACAACUGAGAAAGAGCAGAUAAAGCGCUUCGUCCAAGAGCUUCAUGACCAAGGGAUAGACGUCUCCAGGCGCGACCAGCAGGCUGACUGUAUAAUGUGCGGUUACUAGCACGAGGGGCGGGCAGGUCCAAAACGCGUGUGCCACAGCCCAACCAGCUGUUUGCAAUUUGACCCGGGUAUUUUGGCAUGAAUAACAGAGCAGUGAAAUCAUCCCUAAGACAUUGUAGUGUACAGCUUUUAUUUAAUUAAAAGAUUAAAGCUCAUAGUCAUCAUUUGACCUCAGCUGUUGGCUAUAGAUAUAUAGGCUAAACCUAAUCACAUAACUCAUAGAGCUGGUUCAAAGAAGAGGAUCACUUUUUUUUUUAAUGGCUUAAAUAUGUCUAAUUGGAAUUAAAUAAGAACAAUGAUUGUUUAAUGGA